AUGUCAUCGCCGCUUGAUGAAGAGGCUAUGAGUCAGCUACAGUCUCAACAUUCAGAGCUGCUAGACAAGAUCGACGAGCUGCGUGCUAUUGGAGUUGGAGGCCUUGUGGAGCUGCCUCAAAUUAUUGUUUGUGGUAAUCAGUCUAGCGGAAAAAGCUCUGUACUGGAGGCAAUCUCGCGAGUGCGCUUUCCAUCCAAGAGUAAUAUUUGCACUCGGUUCGCGACUGAGAUUAUUCUUCGCCGAAGCCCUCAUGAAAAAAUCAAAGUUUCCAUUGAGCCUGGAGAUUCCAGGAAAGACGAGCAGGAACAACAGCGCCUCCGAGCCUUCACCUCCGCGUCCUUCUCAUCUAGUGCAGACCUUCCUGCGCUGAUUGAAAAAGCGAAAGAAUGCAUGGGACUUUCUAGCACCGAUACUUCGACCACAGGAUUUAGCGACGACGUCCUUAAAGUCGAGAUCUCGGGCCCUGAAAAGCCAGAGCUGACUCUGGUCGACCUUCCGGGCCUCCACUACUCUAGUAGCAGCGAACAAAACGCGCAAGGAAUGGAGAUAGUUCAAAAUCUGACAGAAAAGUACAUGAAAAGCUCCCGGAGUAUCAUUCUGGCUGUCAUCAGUGCAAGGGCCGAUUACCAUAUCCAGAAGGUGUUGAAUAUCGCGCAGGCUUUUGAUCCCAAAUACGAGAGAGUCCUUGGCAUUGUCACGCAGCCUGAUAUCCCCGAAGCGGGCUCGGAGGAACAAGAAACUUAUGUGCAAUUCGUCAAGAACGAAAAAGUCAAGCUACAACUAGGCUGGCAUGUACUGCGCAACCGCUCGUUUGAGACGCGCGACAUUUCCGAUGAUGCACGAGAUAUUCAAGAAAAGGAGUUCUUUGAAAGGGGACGAUGGGCUUCCCUCCCUCGAGACCAAGUUGGGAUUGAAAGUCUGAGACGCCGUCUCAGCAAGAUCCUACUUGGUCAUGUCCGUCGCAAUCUUCCUGGCCUCAUUGCGGACAUACAAGAAAGGAUUGCUCGUAACGAGCAGACACUGGCAAAAAUGGGUGUACCGCGCACAACUCUUCAGGAGCAACGCCACUUUCUUGUCGACAUUAGUAGCAGAUUUGCACGAAUCACAAACCAGGCCUUGAAUGGAUCGUACGUCGAUGAAUUUUUCGGUGGAUUCAAAGAUCAUACGGCGACCACAGAAGAAAUCCCUUUCCGCCGACUGCGGGCGGUCAUCCGUGAGCUUAAUGAGUGCUUUGCUGAAGCGAUGAGCAUUCGCGGGAAUCGACGAAUCAUUAAUUUCCCUGGACAGCCAUGUCUUGUCGAGAACGUCGACCAAGAGAGGUCCAAGCCUUAUAUGGAUAAUUGGACACCGCUCUACAUUUCCCAGGAGUCUCUUGUGAGUGAGAUCAAAGAACAGGCCCGGCAAAGCCGAGGAAUCGAGCUACCAGGUAGUGCAAACCAGCUGCUCGUAGGAAGUUUGUUCAGGGACCAGUGCGAGCCCUGGGAAGCAGUUGCAAAAUCUCAUCUGUUGAAUACAUGGGAUUCGGUCGAGUACUUUAUCCAGCUGGUACUGAAGAACCUUACGGACGAUCAUACCCGGCCCCUGCUCAUGCGACACCUCAUCGGGCCGGAAAUGGAGAAAAUGAAGGAGUCUUUGUUAGAAAAGCUCAGCGAGUUAACCUCGUACACCAAAAGAGGCCAUCCGCUGCCUGUGGGGAAAUCAUUUCUCAGCAAGAUCCAGGAGUCCAGAAAAAAUCGACAGGUCUCUGCGUUAAAAAGAAACCUCAACUUGUCUGGAUCUUUCCCUGCAGCAGGAGAGGAUACUCGGAACACUUUUGAUGUCCGAGAUCUGGAGCAAGCAGCAUCUCAGCUACAGUCAUCCAGCGAUCAGUUUGCGGCAGCAGAGAUUAUUGAUCAAAUGCAGGCCUACUACGAGACUGCAAUCGUGACAUUUGUCGAUAAUGUUGCCAUAUUGGCUAUCGAAAAUUGCCUUCUUUGCCCUCUGGAGCACAUCUUCACCGGCAAGACUGUACUUAGUAUGGAUGAUCAGCAGGUUCAAGAAAUUGCAGCAGAACCAUCGAACAUUCAGAAGGAUCGGGAACGUCUCAAUGAAGAGCUCGAAAAGCUACGAAAGGGAAACCAGACUCUCAAUGCCUUCAGUACGGCGGACUCUUUGCUGCGUGCUCGUCCUAUCUUGGCAGGACUGUCAAAACCUCGAACUCAGACUCCAAAACUUACAGACACGGCUCGUAUAACUCAGGCGGCGCCCAACACUCCUCGGCCUGGUCUGUUCCCGCAAGUUUCAACUGCUCCCACUGGAGCGGCCGCGGCUCCUUUGCCGACCCUCCCUUCAAAUCAAAAUAAAGGAGGCUUUGGUACAAGUCGGAGUUCUCUAUUCUCUUCCAGUCCGGGCAUACAAAAUGGCGGGUUGGGACAUAACAACAAUGCAGCCACUGCCACAUCCAACCCGUCGAAUCCAGUGCCUUCUCAAAACUGGGGGACCGGGAAUGCAUCUGGAUUCACGGGUAAUGGGGGGUUCGGUUCGAACAAUCAAGGGUUUGGUUCGAACAAAGGCUUUGGCUCGUUGUCUUCUCCAUUUGGAAGUUCGACUAACCCAACUCCCACGAAGGACGUGAGACCUCACUUUGACGAGAAAAAAUUCCCAGAUACCCAAGGACCCAAGCAAUUGUAA